GCUGUUAGCAGCACAUCCGCAGCACUACCCCCUAUUAGGAUACAACAUCCCCUCCUGACUGCACCAGUGCCCGGGAACUGAACAUGCCUGCCGACAGCAUGGAGAAGCCUACCGCAUCCCCAAUUGCAGGGGCACCGGCGAGCUCAGCACAGACUCCGGAUAAACCCAAGAGUGCCAGUGAGCAUAGAAAGUCAUCCAAACCCAUCAUGGAGAAGCGCAGGAGAGCGCGGAUCAAUGAGAGCCUGGGCCAGCUAAAGACCCUCAUUCUGGAUGCGCUGAAAAAAGAUAGCUCCAGACAUUCUAAACUGGAAAAGGCCGAUAUCCUGGAAAUGACAGUCAAGCACCUUCGGAACCUGCAGCGAGUGCAAAUGACAGCCGCUCUUACAGCCGAUCCCUCAGUACUAGGGAAGUACAGAGCCGGAUUUAACGAGUGCAUGAACGAAGUCACCCGAUUCCUCUCCACCUGUGAGGGCGUCAAUACUGAAGUGAGGACCAGGCUUCUCGGUCACCUCUCAAGCUGCCUGGGACAGAUAGUAGCCAUGAAUUACCAGCAACCCCCCUCCAGCCAGCAACCACUGCACGUACAGCUUCCUUCCAGCACCCCUGCCCCUGUGCCCAUGCCUUGCAAGGUGAACCCAGCAGAGGCCAUCUCUCCCAAAGUAUUCCAGGGAGGAUUCCAGCUGGUGCCAGCCACCGACGGGCAGUUUGCUUUCCUUAUUCCCAACCCAGCUUAUACCACCAGCCCCGGACCUGUUAUCCCUCUAUAUGCCAACACCAACGUGACAUCGCCUGGCGGUCCCCAGAGUCAAUCUCCAGUGCAGGGACUCACCACCUUCGGCCACAAGAUGCCUCACAUGGCACAAGCUGUCAGUCCCCUAGGGGGCAGCACCGGGGCGGACAGCGCUGAGUCCGUGUGGAGACCAUGGUGAUAACGCGAACAGCCAUCAGACUGUGUAUAUAUUGGUUCCGUUGUAUGGGACCCUGCCUUAAAGACAAUCUGCACAAAAUGCUAUUUAUUUCCAAAUUUGGGGAUUUCACUUUUUUAUUGUUUAAUAAAUAAAACAAACUUGUAUAGAUGACCCAUUUUUGUAACAAAGCUCUUUUUUCUGAGAUGUUUUUUAGUUUUGUACAAUUGCGUACAAAAAUGUGUAUGCCAAAGUUUAUUGUGUUGGUUUUUGUGUCAAAAACUUUCCGAACAUGCAGGAGUUUUAUUGAAUAAACUCUUUUCAUUUGAA